UAUAAUGUCACUGUCAGAUUCUAUUUAAACGAUUUAAUUUUCUACUUUACAAUUUUAUACCGAAACUAAAAAUCGUUGAUUAAUUUGAGUUAAAAUAUGUCUCAAGCAAAAAAAUUACCACAGUAUUUCGCUGCAGUAUGCGUUUGUAUAGGAGCCUGGGGUACAGGCACAGCCAUUGCCUGGACGUCAAAUAUAACCGAAGAACUUAAGAAAGGAGAGCUUAAUAACUUAAAAAUUGGAAAUGAUCAAUUAGGAUGGAUAGGUUCUUUAAUGACACUUGGAGCUAUGUGCAUGUGCUUUCCAAUCGGAUGGCUAGCAGAUAAAUUAGGAAGAAAACCUACUGUCCUGUUAACAAUAGUGCCAUUUAGUGUAGGCUGGUUAAUGAUUAUAUUUGGCAAUAAAAUAGCAUUAAUAUACGUUGCUAGAUUUUUGAUUGGAGUAGCUGGAGGCAGUUUUUGUGUAACAGCACCAAUGUACACGAGUGAAAUAGCACAAACUGAAAUACGUGGAACGUUAGGUACUUUCUUUCAAUUAUUCAUCACAAUUGGCAUAUUGUAUUGUGGAGUGUUUGGUUUUGCACUCUCUCUUAAACUUUUUAAUUGGGCCUGUUUUGCAGUUCCAAUAAUUUUUGGUAUUCUUUUUGCCUUUCAACCCGAAACACCCAUAUAUGAUUUAAGAACUGGCAAACCUGAAAAAGCAGAAAGAUCGUUCAACAAGUUGAGAGGAAAAGAUUAUGAUCACACUGGAGAAGUAAACAUUAUUUUGGCAGAUAUCGAAAAUGAAAAAAAGAUGAUAAGCUUUAUGGAAGCCAUGAAAACAAAAGCGGCAAAAAAAUCAACUCUAAUAUGCUUUAUGUUAAUGUUUUACCAGCAACUAAGUGGUAUAAAUGCUGUCAUGUUUUAUUCUCAAGACAUUUUUCAUUCUGCUGGAUCUACUUUAAAGGAUUCGUAUUGUGUAAUAAUAUUACAAUUUAUUCAAGUUCUCGCUACAGUAGUUUCCGCUUGGGCUGUCGAUAGAUUUGGAAGAAAAAUACUUUUAAUGAUAUCAGCUGGAUUUAUGUCUUUCUCCACUGGACUUCUUGGAAUAUUCUUCUCUCUUAAAGAUCACAAAGUAGUAACUGAAGAUGGUAUUAAAUCUAUUGGAUUUAUACCGAUUUUUUCUUUGACUAUAUUUAUUAUAGCAUUUUCACUGGGAUUUGGACCUAUACCUUGGUUGGCUUCUUCUGAAAUGUUUUCUCCUGAAAUUAAGUCAAAAUGUAGUUCGGCAGCUGCGACAUUUAAUUGGUUUUUGGCAUUUUUGGUUACGAAAUUUUAUUUUGUUCUAGCACAGGGUUUAGGAACCGAUGUUACUUUUUAUAUAUUUACAAUAAUUUCUGCUACCGCUGUAUUUUUUGUCCUGUUCAUUAUACCGGAAACUAAAGGAAAAACAUUUGCUGAAAUUCAACACGAACUAGGAUCGUAAUAAUGUAAUAUGUAAUCUGUUAUUGUGUCUAUAAUUUAUUACAGUUUAAAUUAA